AUGCCACAGCAGCUUACGAUUGACAAGAUCGACGGGAAACCGGGAUCUGUCUACUACCCACUCAGGCUCAGAGAGGUGCCCAGACCAAUCCCAGGACCUAAUGAGUACUUACACCUAUACCCGGCCAUCUCCUUCACGAAUCCACUGUUGGCCGAUGGCUACGGCACGGUCGUUGAGGCUGGCCCCGGCGCCGACUCUGCACUGUUGCACACGCCCGUGCUGCUUACCCCUUGCCGCGGCUGGCAUUCGAGCCCGGACGGGCCCGAUGGCGACGUGACCUUUGCUACUCUCGGCGGCACGCAAAGUACCCCACUUGGCACCGCCCAGGACUACAUCGUCGUUCACGAGUCUGAGGUCGAGCCCGCCCCAAAGCAUCUAAGUCCCACGGAGGCAGCCGCCUUGCCUCUGAGCGGCGGCAACGCUGAGCCUGGCCGCAACAUACUUAUCACUGGCAUUGGCGGUGGUGUCGCUUUGCAGGCCCUGCAGUUCGCCGUGGCCCGUGGCUGCAAUGUCUGGGUCACCAGCGGCGACGAGGCCAAGAUCCAUCGGGCUGUGCAGCUUGGGGCUCGUGGCGGCGUCAUCUACCGAAAUGCCGACUGGGACAAGGAGCUACUGGCCCUGCUGCCAGCCUCGCGCUCCUACAUUGACGCCAUCAUCGACGGUGCUGGCGGCGACAUAGUCCGCCGCGGGGUCCGCCUCCUCAGGACUGGUGGUAUCAUCUCCUCGUAUGGCAUGACCGUGGCCCCUAAAAUGGACUGGCUCAUGCAGGCCGUGAUGAAGAACAUCGAGUUGCAUGGCAGCACUAUGGGUUCCCGCCAGGAGUUCCGUGAAAUGGUCGAAUUUGUCCGCCAGCACCGUAUCAAGCCUGUGGUAAGUCGCACCGUGAAGGGUUUGGACAACCUCGACGCCAUUGACGGCCUGUUUCAAGAUGUCAGGGACGCCAAGCAGUUUGGUAAGCUGGUCAUUGAGAUAUCUUCUCCUGGCAACGGCGAGAUGAUGAGCUCUAAGCUUUGA